UUGUGGACGGCGGUAAUCGAGCGGAAAUUGACCUCCAAGUCACCGCACGGCAGAACAUCGAAUAGCCUCGGAACGUCUCAGAACCUCCCAACACCGUAUCCAUGGCAUUUUUCCUAUUCAUGGCUGCCGAUUGCGGACCGACUGCGGAGGAACAUGUCAGAAACAUGCCAGGCCCCUUCGGUACCGGCACGGGAGGAUAUCAGGCACGGGAAGAUGCCCGCGGCAAGCCCGGCAAGCAGCGCACUAACGGCAAACGCCACAAAUAAAUGCGUGACACACGACGGACAACAGAACCAACGGGCGCGCAUACAGAACAAAAAGACGCGCAUACGGCAACGCAGACACACGCGGUCGAUGCUAAUAAUAAAGACACACACACACGCGCCACACACGCAAAAACAUGCAUACCAAACUGAGAAUAUGUUUGUAAACUGAUGGAGAUUGCAUGUGUUAGAACUAAUAGGGUGCGACACACAAAACGCCCGACUACCCAACAGUAUCCAACACCUUUCGUCUGCACCUUCCCAACAUAACAUAUAUGAGACACACAAGACAGCUACCAAACUGAUUUGUUGAGCCUGUUACCCACAGGGGAGAUGUCCCUAUAUGCU